CAAGCUUUUGUGGGUCAGGCUCAAUCGGAGGGACAGCCACCACAUGGUGGGCAGCAGCCACAACAGGGCGGACAGCACCAUCCCGCGGCUGGCCAGCAGCAGCACCAGGCCGGUGGACAGGCUCGUGGCAGGGGAAAUCGCGGACGUGGUGGCCGCGGUCAGCGUGGUCGCGGUGGUCGCGGUCAGCGUGGUCACGGUGGUUAUGGUUAUCCUCCACAGUUUGGUUAUGGUUAUCCUCCACCAGGUUAUUUUCCAGGGGGUGCACCGCAUGCUAGCAUUCUUGGGGCUCCAGGUUCAGCGGGCUCCUCUUCAGCUGAGGGAAAUUCAGUCCCUCCUCCGGUUAUUUGUCAAAUUUGUUAUGCCCCAGGUCAUCCCGCUUCCACUUGUCCCUCUCGAUUUGUUCAACCGGCUGCACCUGCUCUUGCUGCUCAGGCCCCUGAUGCUUCUGAGAUGGUUUGGUAUCCUGAUUCAGGUGUCUCUGCGCAUAUGACUCCUCAUUCAGGUAUCUUAACGCAUAAAUCCUUUUCUCCUAAUUCUCGUUCUAUUAUUGUAGCAAAUGGAAAUACUCUCCCGGUUAUGAAAUCUGGUCAAGUUGUCUUAACUUCGUCUGCCAAACCUCUUCACUUGAAAUCUGUUUUGCAUGUGCCCAACAUUAAAUACAAUCUUUUAUCUAUCCAAAAAUUGUGUGCUGAUAACAACUUGCUGUGAUUUUUGAUAAAAAUAAUUUUUUUUGUAAAGGAUUUAACAACGGGGGAGGUCCUUCUUCAGCUCUCAGUGAUAACGGCGUUUAUCCCAUUCGUCCACCUACAUCGCCACCUGUUACCUUAGCCGCGGGAUCUCUUUCUCUUUGGCAUAAUAGAUUAGGACACUGUGGGUCUCAUGUUUUAGAUCAGCUUCGACUGAAUAAUUUUAUUUCUGGCACUUCUGCUAAUAUUUCUGAUUGUAUUCCUUGCCGUUUGGGCAAGUCGCAACGGUUACCCUUUAAUACAGUUUUUCACAAUAGUUCUUGUGCCUUAUAUUUAAUUCAUUCCGAUGUAUGGCAAUCUCCCGUGUUAUCUCAUUUAGGAUUUAAAUAUUAUGUCUGUUUUAUAGAUGAUUUUUCUCGUUUUACUUGGGUUUAUCCUAUGCGGAGUAAGUCUGAGGUUACUACUCAUUUUCAACAUUUUAAAUUAAUGAUUGAAAAUUUACUUGACCGCAAAAUCAAGAUCUUUCAGAGUGAUGGAGGGGGUGAGUUUGACAAUUUUAAUUUGCGAUUUUUUUUAAAAGCUAAUGACAUUAUUUUUCAAAAAUCAUGUCCUGAAACUCCUCAACAAAAUGGUGUUGCUGAGCGUAAGCAUCGACAUUUACUUGAAUUAGCUCGCACUAUGCUUAUUGCUGCUAGCUUGUCUGCUAAUUUUUGGGUGGAUGCCGUGCUUACUGCUACUUUUAUCAUUAAUCGAAUACCCUCUCCUACUCUACAUGGUUUGUCUCCUUUUGAAAAACUUUUCAAUAGGAAACCUGAUAUGUCUGUUUUUCGUGUUUUUGGAUGUGCAUGUUUUCCUAAAUUUACUGCCUCUUCUGCAAAUAAGUUGGAUCCGAGAUCUGUUCAAUGCAUUUUCUUGGGAUAUGCUCCUGAAUAUAAAGGGUACCGUUGUUUUGAUCCCGUGGCUAGUCGUGUGUACAUUAGCAGAAAUGUCCGAUUUUUGGAAAAUAUUUUUCCAAAUUCUGUCCUUGCCGGUCCCACAGUGUCCUCUUCUUCUGCAUCUUCUCCUACUUCCUUAAUCUUUUCCCCCAGCCGUGACCAGCCCUCAUCUAUUUUCCUUUCCCAAACCUUGACUAUCCAUGCACUGCCUGCUCCCUCUGACCCUUCGCCCCCUACUCCCAGCACCCCGCAGGAACAAAGCAGCCCUGCUGCUUUUGUCCCAGAUCACAGCCCGCCCUAUGACAGCCCCUCCACAGCCUGUCAGUCCCCUCCACCCAUGCCCCAUCUUCGGUUGCGCCUACUACCACGGUUCCUCAAAGUUCUCCCGUUGUAAAUCUUCAUCCAAUGCAAACCCGCUCCAAACCCGGGAUUUUUAAACCCAAAACCAUUUUUAAUUUAAGCACAGUUGUUCACACACCUGAUCCCACUUGUUUUUCUGUUGCAAAUAAACAUUUUAAGUGGAGAGCUGCUAUGGCAAAAGAAUUUAAUGCUCUUAUCUCUAAUCAUACUUGGGAUUUAGUUCCAUUUGAUGCUAAUAAGAAUGUGGUUGGGUCUAAAUGGAUUUAUAAGACUAAGUAUCUGGCUGAUGGGUCUGUUGAUCGCUAUAAGGCUCGCUUGGUUGCACAGGGGUUUAAUUAGCAGGCAGGGCACCUCCACGCAUGGACUUUUUCUACAGGCCUCUCGUGUUCGCCCAACUCUUAUUGGUUAUUCGGACGUUGUUUGGGCUGGCUACCCUGAUACUGGUCAUUCUACUUCAGGCUAUGCUAUUUUUCUAGGACCUAAUCUCAUUUCCUGGCGUUCCAAGAAGCAGCCUACUGUUUCCAGAUCUUCAUGUUCACUCAGUGUUAUUUGAGUUGGGAUUCCCCAUUCACGACCCUACUAUGCUUUACUGUGAUAAUAUUUCUGCAUCAUAUCUUUCAGUUAAUCCGAUUCAUCAUGCGCGCAGUAAACAUAUUAAUAUAGACUAUCAUUUUGUUCGUGAACGGGUGGCUCAUGGAGAUCUGCGUGUGAAAUAUGUUCCUACUCAGGCUCAGCUGGCAGAUAUUUUUACUAAGUGUUUGUCUCCCCAACGAUUUUUUCUUCUUCGUGACAAUCUGCGCAUUGUUCCUCCUGCACAGAUUGAGGAGGUGUAAUAGAGUAGGUUUUAUAUUUAUUUAUUGUUGGGGACUCUUAUUGUAAUUAUGACAUUUAUUCUCUUUAUAUAUAUCUGUCAGGGCUACCAUUAUGACUAAGCCUGGUAAUUAUUCUCACAAUAAAUACUUUGCCACUUUAAUGGUAAAUGACCGUAACAUUUUUAUAUAUGCAAAGAGAACAAGUUAUCUUUCCAUAAAGGUCAACCGAAAUCUCUU